CUGAAUCCAGAGAUCUUGAUGUGCAUUGACUCUGGCUCCCUCUCAGUACAUGAACCUUGGGCUACUCGUGUUAUACGUGUUCGUUCAAAGGCCAAGCUUUGUUGGUUCCACUGCUGAGCCAUGGCAGCGAGCGAUGACUCUUCCUUCUAUCUUUAUGGAGUGGGCGAGAAACCGGAGGCCUUAACAUUAGGCUCUUUGGUGUUGGAGAAGUACUGGCAGCCACUGGCUGCGCGCCAUUAUACUCAUGACUUACUUGGUAACGAGGCACUGCAAGAACAUGCUUAUGCCAGUGAUGUCGCCAACGUUGUCCUUCGCGGUUCCUCUCGCGUUGCGCCUGGCGUUGGUCUCAGCGGCGGCGAUAUCAUCGAUCUCCGUCUGGCGUACAGCAAAGAACUUGAGCGUAUAGUCACUGCAAAGAAGGGGAGACGGAUUAUACUAAAAGAUCCGGAAUCCUUCCUUACCUCUUCGGUUCUCUGUAAUCCCCACGCGCAACAGAAACUCAAGCUUUGGCUGUCGGCCGCCCGCAGUUCCUACGUUCUGAAUUUCAGAUUCGCGCGCCGUCCAAAGAUAUGGCUUCUCACGGGCCUGUAUCUCCUAGAAGGCACCCGAGCGAUCGUGUCGCGCGGCCAGUCCAAUCAAGCCUCAGUAGGUAUCUCGUCCGCCGUCAUUGGAGCCUUGUCGGGUGUGCCUGUGGGCGGAUCCGUGAAGCUGGGCCAGGGCACAUCGUGGGAGAUGACAAUGGAGGUGGAAGAUCAGCAUGUCUGGGCAGCACAGUUCCGGCUACUGGAUGCGUGUUUCAUCAAGAUGGACAGCAAGGGUGUGGACGGAAUUGCGCUGCCAGUGUCGAUGGGACUAUACCGAGACAUCAUGUCCGUAAAUACGGUACGCGGUGGAGGAAAAGAUGGAGUCAAGCUGGGCUUGCUGGACGAAAAUGAUGACGACGAUGAAACCCAUUUGAGCGAUGACCAGGACAGCCAGGAAAAGGAGGAGUUUGAGAAGCGACUAGAGGAUACGAUUCGGAUGUUCGAAAAGGCGCCGAAACACUUUCUGGAAUAAUAGACUGUACUCAGAACAGCUAGCCCACACUAUCUGUUUUGAAACCCGUGUAUCUCAAUUGGUAUAGUUUGACUGUCCAAAGCGUGCGAGCACUGUCCAUGCG